AUGGUUUUCUGUGGUUCGAGAAGUUUACUGAGGAAGAACUCUCUCCUCAUUGCCACAGUGCUCUCUGUGCCAGCUGGUAUCGCGCUUGGUGUGUUUGUUCGGGACUAUGUCUUCCUCUCCCAUCUCGACAAAUACUACUUUGGUUUUCCAGGAGAGAUUUUGAUGCGUAUGCUGAAACUUAUUAUAUUACCUCUUGUCAUUUCCAGUAUAAUCACAGGUGUAGCAGCACUGGAGUCUGAUGUGUCUGGUCGAAUUGGGCUGAGAGCAAUUGUGUAUUACUUUUCAACUACUGUUAUUGCUGUUGUCCUAGGGAUUGUCUUAGUGAUGACCAUUAAGCCUGGAGAGUCAUACAGCUACACUAACGUCACCUCACCUGGUAAUUCACCUGACGUCUCAACUGUAGAUGCCGUGCUGGAUCUGAUAAGAAAUAUGCUUCCAGAAAAUCUCAUCCAGGCCUGCUUUCAACAGUACAAAACAAAACGUGAAAAACUACCUAAUUUUCCCUUGGAGACAAAUUCUUCAGAAACGGUAAUACCUGAACAUUGCUUUCUCUUUUCUGCAUACACCUUAUUCUUCACAAAGGGCUUCAAAUUUGUGGGAUCAUACUCAGAUGGGAUUAACAUCCUUGGACUAAUUGUCUUCUGCCUGGUCUUCGGUCUAGUCCUUGGAAAAAUGGGUGAAAGAGGGCGUCCCCUGCUGGUGGUAUUUGACAUUUUGAAUGACGCAACGAUGAAGAUUGUGCAGAUUAUCAUGUGUUAUAUGCCAGUUGGAAUCCUGUUCCUCAUUGCCGCCAAAAUUAUUGAAGUUGAGGAUUGGAGCAUCUUCAGGAAACUUGGGUUAUAUAUGGUGACUGUUCUCAGUGGGUUAACCAUUCACUCCACUGUUGUCCUACCUCUUCUGUACUUCAUUAUUGUGAGGAAGAACCCUUUUGUUUUUGUCUGGGGAAUGGCCCAAGCACUACUUACCGCUCUCAUGAUCUCCUCCAGCUCAGCUACGCUGCCCAUUACCUUCAAAUGCGCCGAGGAGAACAACCACAUUGACAAAUGCAUCACGCGCUUCAUGCUGCCAAUCGGAGCCACCAUCAACAUGGAUGGCACAGCUCUCUAUGAGGCUGUGGCAGCCAUUUUCAUUGCCCAGCUCAAUAACUACCCUCUCGACAUAGGCCAGAUCAUCACCAUCAGCAUCACUGCAACAGCUGCUAGUAUUGGUGCUGCAGGGGUUCCAAGUGCUGGGAUGGUUACCAUGGUGAUUGUAUUAACAGCCGUGGGCCUUCCAGCCGAUGAUGUCACCCUUUUAAUUGCAGUUGAUUGGCUGCUAGAUCGUUUCCGUACUGUUACAAAUGUGUUGGGGGAUGCUUUUGGGACUGGCAUCGUGGAAAAACUUUCUCGAAAAGACUUGGAGAGAGCAGACAUGACACUGGACAGUGGAGCCAACAGCCUCUCUCUGGACAAGGACCCAGUUGCAGAAAAUGGUGGGAAAGCGUUAAAUGAAAAUGGAGUUCAGCCUCGAUCCCCCUUACGUUUAAUUGUGCCGAGGAGAACAACCACACUGACAAACACAUCAUGCGCUUUAAUGUUGCCAAUCGGAGCCACCGUCAACUUGGAUGGCACAGCUCUGUAUGAGGCUGUGGCAGCCAUUUUCAUUGCGCAGCUCAAUAACUACCCUCUCAACAUAGGCCAGAUCUUCACCAUCAGGUAA